AUGGGGCUUGAACGUGCGUCGCAGCGCAAGAAGCCACAGCGCAAUGUUGUACUGACCAUUGAGCAGAAGGAGAAGCUUCAAGAAUGGCAGCAACUGGCCGAGCAUGGCUUUGAGAUUCACCGCCGCGCAGAACGUUACUAUGAGCAAGUCAAUUUUUGGACGCUUUCUUUGCCAUCUGUCGUCCUCUCUGCAAUUGCGACGGUAUGGACACUGGCAACCGAACAGACCAGCUUUCCGAACAACAGGGUCUACAUAGCCUCAAUCUCAGGUUUGACCACUAUUGUCAGUUCUGUGGGUUCCUACUGGCGCUGGCAAGCCCGCAUGGAGAAGAAUCGCUUUGCGUCUGAGCGUUACAACAGCCUUUUGAACCGACUGACGCUGCUGAAAGCGCGAUUGCAGAUGGGAGACGUUGACUUCAGUCAUGUGCUUCAGGAAGUGGAAAAUACAAUCCAUGAGAUUCUCAAGACUUGUGGGCCUCCAGAUCUUCGCAUACAGCAGCGUUUUGAGUGGGAAGAGAAGACUUCGCAGUUUGAGCUGUUGGAUCGACUGACAACUCUGAGGGAUUCCCACGAAUGUCCCUGGAUCCGCUUUUGUUGUCCGUGCUGCUGGCGGAGUUGCAUGAAGGUGUGCCCCUGUUGCAAAAGGAGAAAAGACAGCGACGGGGCCGUACAGCCCAUGACCAUCCUGAACCAGAAGAUUCGGGAAUUUUCCAAAAAGACCCAAGAUGUCAGUGUAGACGAGUUCAAAGACUACUUUUGGCAGCUCUUUCGAAUGGCCAGCAACAGCAACAAUUUGGAAAUGUGCAAAUCGCUGAUCAAAGCAGUACCGAACUCAUUGACCGAUGAUGCCGAUGUGAAAUUCAAGUCCGUGGAGCCUUCGAAGAAGUCUCCCUUACAUUUUUCAGUCCAAGACAAUUUUCACCAGCUGGGCCAGUGGCUCUUUGAAACCUAUCCAAAGCAAAUCAGACGCCAUUGCUUAGUCCUGGAUUGCCAUAGCAAGAUCCCUUUAGAUUACAUGCCCACGGAGAAAAACGAGUGGAUGCGGUGGAAUGCGGUGAAUUCUCGUGAAGGAGGUGGAGCUGCUGCAUUCUACACUCGGCUCCUGUUUGAGACCAUUCAACAAUGGUGUAUAGAAAUGAGCGACUUGCGCAGCUUUGAAGACAAAGAGAGGAUGAAGGGCCACGGAAAGGAACUCUGCCGUCGCAUUAAACUCUUCAGCGAAAGGCAUGCAGCUGCCCAUGUGGAUAUAGCCUGUCCCAAGCGCCACACUGUGCUUCAUCUCUUGGCUGUGCAUGGAGUGGAGGAACAGGAGCCUCUUCAGCUCGGGUCUGAUCGUGAUUCUGAACAUCAUGGUGAACGCUCACAGCGCACACUCUUGAGUUUGCUCAUUCAUGCGGACACGGGCUUUGGAUCCGACACGAUUGACACAAAGGAUAGUGCUGAGCACAAGGCUCCAUUGGAGCUGGCGGCAGAGCAGCGGCACGCGCGAGCAUUCAAGAUGCCGCUCAUCGAAGAAUAA